UAAGAUUGGCAACACUGCACAGAUUUGAAUUUUAAAGCUUAGCGUAUCGUAUUAACGGUUUACGGUAGUCAAUGAUGAAAAAUCGAGUGAAACUAAAUACAUAUUUUAUAUAAUUAGUGCAAUUAAAUGAAGAAUUCGAAAAGAACAGUUAAAGAGAGAGAGAGAGAGAUAUUACCUCUUUAAAAGUAUUAAUGGAAUUUGUAUAAGAAUUGACAAAUAUUAUUGAUGCAGUCAAACUGUUAAUGAAGAUUAUUUUUUCGUUUGCACGAAAUAUCAUUGAAAAAGUGUUAGAUUAUUAAGAAUAAUUUUUCUUGAAUUAAUCAAUAUGGUGUAUAAUAAGAAAGAUCAAACUAAGGCAUUUUCGCCGAACAAAGUAAGAAAAUUUGUGAAAAAACGAUUAUCUGGAAAUGUGUCAAAAGCAAGUACAAGUGUAAACGUCGCACCAUCAUCGCAAAACAAGAGUAAAUCUGAAACAAAUAUUAAAGUAAUAGUACGAGUUCGACCACAUAAUGUUAACGAGUUGCAACUUAAUUCUAAGACAAUAGUAAACAUUCUUGAUGACAAAAUGUUGAUAUUUGACCCAAAGGAGAAAGAAAAUCCUUUUUAUUAUCAAGGUGUUGUACAGAAAGGUCGUGAUUUACUAAAAAAACAAAACAAAGAGUUACAAUUUAUUUUCGAUAAAAUUUUUGGUGAUUCUUCUACAAAUAAUGAUAUAUUCGAAGGUACUACAAAAGAUUUAAUCUCUAGUCUUUUAAAUGGUUAUAAUUGUUCUGUAUUUGCAUAUGGUGCAACGGGUGCUGGAAAAACUCAUACCAUGCUAGGUAGCACAAAUGAUCCUGGUAUAACUUAUCGUACCGUAGCAGAACUUUUCUCUCAAAUAGAAAGUCAAAGUAGACAUUAUGAAUUUAAUUUAGGUGUUUCGUAUUUAGAAAUUUAUAAUGAAAAUGUUCAAGAUUUAUUACAUAAGUCUGAACAAUUGCAUUUACGAGAAGAUAGUAGGUGUGAAGUUAUUGUAGCAGGACUUAAAAUUAUUCCUAUACAGAAUGCAGAAGAAUUAUUAUCUUUAUUAGCAAAGGGUAAUAAAAAUCGUACUCAGCAUCCUACAGAUGCAAAUCAAGAAAGCAGUCGAAGUCAUGCAGUUUUUCAAGUUUAUAUUCAAAUUACUAAUAAGUUGAAUGGUCAGAUCAGACACGUAAAACUAUCUAUGAUUGAUUUAGCUGGAUCAGAAAGAGCAUCAGCUACAGGAUGUAAAGGAGCUCGAUUUAAAGAAGGUGCCAACAUAAAUAAAUCCUUAUUGGCACUUGGAAAUUGUAUUAAUAACUUAGCUGAUGGUGUUAGGCAUAUACCAUAUCGAGAUUCAAAACUCACUCGUCUAUUGAAGGAUUCUCUUGGUGGUAAUUGCCAAACUGUCAUGAUAGCUAAUAUAUCACCUUCUAAUAUCAAUUAUGAAGAUACUUAUAACACCCUUAGAUAUGCAAAUAGAGCUAAGAAAAUUAAGACAUGCAUUAAGAAGAACAUUGUAUCUUGUGAAAUGUAUAUAUCUGGAUAUAUUAAAAUAGUAGAGGAACAAAAGAAAGAAAUUAAUUUCUUAAAGCAACAGUUAGUGGCUUAUGAAAGUGGUUUAGUACAAAUACCACCUGAAUCGAAGGAAACCAAAGUUAUAGAGAAGAUAGAUGAUAAUUUAUCAGAAAUAAGUAAUAAAUUAUUAGAUCUGUUUAAUAAGAAAAAAUCAUUAAGCGAUAAGAUGUUAUCUUUGGAAAGUGCGGACAAGAUUUUAUGUUGUAGAAUGCAUUAUAAAAAGGUUGCCGAUCAAAGACUACAUAAUUUAACAGCAGCUGUAAAUGUUCUAUCUCCUGAAGAACAAAAUGCAAGUGGAAAAACAAGAGUAAACAAAUCUUUAGAUUAUUUUAAGCGACAAAGGAGUUCCUUGAAAACACAAAUGGAAGGAAUCUGGAAGGAAUUAUGUGCAGUAGAAGAAGAAAUGCAAAAAAUAAAUGCAGAGAUUUUAUUUAAAAAUAUAAAUGAAAAAUUGGCAGAUGUAAAUUCGGCUCAAGUUCAAGAGAUAGAUAAAUGUAUAAUGCAACAGCAGUAUGAACAUGUUAAGAAAAUCGCUAGUUUACAACAAUGUGAAUUACAUUCUAUGUGUAGUAUAAUUAAAUUAAUAAGUCCAACAUUACAAAGUUAUUAUAGUAUGAUGUGUGGAUAUGGGAUAAUGACAAAGGACAUGAAAGAAGAAUUUAAACAACUAAUUAAAUCACUUGAAGGUGUUAGAAAUAUUAAAUGGUCUGAUUCAGAAAUGAUUGACGAAGAAAAAGAUUUUUAUAACUUAUCGUGUUUAAGUGUAUCUCAGUUAAAAGAUCCCCUUAAUAAUCAAGUGCCAAUAUUUACAGAAUCAGUUAUUUGUGAAGGAGAGCAAACUGGUCAAAGUACGCAGGACGUUUUAAGUACAACUUUUAAUUUAAAUCCUUGUGAAACUGAAAACACAGUAGAAGUUCUAAAUACAACUAUUACAUUAGAUGAAAAAAAUGAAACCAUUUCAAUGUUAAAUACUGAACAAAACUCAAUACAAAACAUAAAUAAAAAUGAUUUAAGUAAUUCAUCACCCUUACAGAAUAAAGCAAAGAAGCAUGUACUUUCAGAUAGAAAUCAUACAAAUAAUAAAAUGCCUUCAAAACAAUUUAAAAAAUUGUCUCAAAAACAAAAAAUUUUUAGUCAUAUGGUUGGGUCACCAGGUAAAGAAAACAAGCAUACACAAAAGCAACAUUCUGUUAUGAGUGCUAAAAGUAUUGCUAUUCUAAAUAACUUAAAAGUGGAUAAGAUUAAAGCAUCGCCAUGUGUCUUCAAAGAACCAUCUAAAAUAACAUCAGGAGAUGUACCAUUAAAGUUAGUAAGAACAAAAGAAAGACGUGGACUUGGGUCUACACAUCCUUAUCAAAAACCAAAACAGAAAUGUACAUCAACUCCACCUAAAACAUGAUUGUAAUAAUAAUUACAAAAAAGUUAGUGCAUUGAAGUAAAUUUUAUAUGUAUGUAAUAAAGCAAAAUUUGUUUAUAGAUAUACAUAUAUAUUUUCUGCUUACUAUGUUGGUAAUGAAAUUUAAUACAAAUAUGAUUAUAGUAACAUGAUGAGAGAAUUUUUAAUUCAUUGACAAUGAAUUUGACAUAUCA